GGCUCUUCACCAUUUUCGUUUUCGUUUCGACCCUCCUCUAUCUUCUUCGUUAAACCCUAUAUAAAAGUUCUCUCUCUCUCUCUCUCUCUCUCUCUGUGAUUAUAUAUAGAACCCUAGAACAAACCUCUUCUUCCUCUUAAAGAGGGAGCUAUGAAUCCCUCUACGCUCCUCACUCCAUCUUCCACUUCUCCACGUUCUGUUCUCCGCUCUCCUUUCCUCAACCCCAUCCCUCUGCGAACCGCCUCAACCUCCGUUUGCACACAACGGCGUCGUUUCAGGGUCUCAUUCCCCCGCAGCUCGUCUGUUACCUCUGAGCCACCCAGCUCCGCCUCCACGCCACCCCCUCCGGAUGUUUUCGGAGGCCCAAAGGAGCUGACGGGUGUUCAACCCCUGGUGGAGAAGCUCUCGCCGCCGCUGAGGUUGGUUAGCUCGGCCGUUAUAUUUGCCGGGGCUGUCGCUGCUGGGUAUGGUUUGGGGCUCCGUUUCGGUCAGACCCGAAAUGCCGCAUUGGGUGGGGCUGCUGUGCUGGGUGCCGCCGGUGGGGCCGCUGUGUAUUCUUUGAAUGCCUGUGCUCCUGAGGUUGCUGCGGUGGAGUUGCAUAAUUUCGUUGCUGGGAGCGACGAUCCCAGCGCGUUGAAGAAGGAGGACAUUGAAGGGAUUGCCAAAAAAUAUGGUGUGAGCAAACAAGACGAAGCGUUCAAUGCAGAGCUUUCUGAUUUAUAUUGUCGGUUUGUUUCCUCUGUCAUUCCUCCAGAGGGUCAAGAACUCAAGGGUGAUGAAGUUGACACGAUUGUUAAGUUCAAAAAGGCUUUGGGCAUUGAUGAUCCUGAGGCAGCUGCCAUGCAUAUGGAGAUUGGUAGGCGGAUUUUCAGGCAAAGGCUUGAGACUGGAGAUCGUGAUGCCAAUUUAGAGCAGCGUCGGGCAUUUCAGAAGCUGAUUUAUGUGUCAACUCUUGUGUUUGGGGAAGCAUCAUCUUUCCUAUUACCUUGGAAGCGUGUUUUCAAAGUCACAGAUUCCCAGGUUGAGAUCGCUAUUCGUGAUAAUGCCCAGCGAUUAUUUGCUUCAAAGCUAAAAUCAGUUGGCAGAGAUGUUAAUGUGGAGCAGCUUGUUAGCCUUAGAGAAGCACAACGUUUGUAUCGACUUUCUGAUGAGCAUGCUGAGGAAUUAUUCAAGGAGCAUACAAGAAAACUGGUUGAGGAAAAUAUUUCGGCAGCACUCAGGAUACUUAAAUCCAGAACGAGAGCAGUUAAUGUAGUUGCACAAGCUGUGGAAGAGCUUGAUAAGAUACUAGCGCUCAAUGAUAUACUUAUCACAUUAAAGAACCACCCGGAUGCAGGUCACUUUUCCCCUGGUGUUGGUCCAGUUUCUAUACUAGGUGGUGAGUAUGAUGACGAUAAAAAGAUGGAUGACUUAAAGCUCCUUUAUAGAGCAUAUGUGACAGAUUCAUUGUCCAAUGGUCGUAUGGAAGAAAAUAAGCUUUCUGCAUUGAAUCAAUUGAGGAAUAUAUUUGGCUUAGGAAAACGAGAAGCAGAGACCGUUGUUCUUGAUGUUACUUCAAAGGUGUAUCGUAAGCGACUUGCAGAGUCAUUUACUGGGGGAGAUUUAGAAGCAGCAGAUAGCAAAGCAGCUUUCCUUCAAAAUCUUUGUGAUGAGCUGCAUUUUGAUCCACAGAAGGCCAGUGAGAUUCACGAAGAAAUUUACCGCCAAAAGCUUCAGCAAUGCAUAGCUGAUGGAGAGCUAAAUGAGGAGGAUGUUUCUGCCUUGCUGAGGCUACGGGUCAUGCUUUGUAUACCUCAGAACACUGUUGAAGCUGCCCAUUCAGACAUCUGUGGCAGUUUGUUUGAAAAGGUUGUCAAGGAUGCUAUUGCAUCAGGAGUUGAUGGUUAUGAUGCUGAUGUUAAGAAAUCUGUCAGAAAGGCAGCACAUGGUUUGAGAUUGACCAGGGAGGCUGCCAUGUCUAUUGCUAGCAAGGCAGUCCGCAAGAUUUUUAUUAACUAUAUAAAACGAGCACGAGCAGCUGGAAACCGUACUGAAUCUGCAAAAGAACUUAAAAAGAUGAUAGCAUUCAACACCCUGGUUGUGACAGAAUUGGUGGCAGACAUAAAAGGUGAAUCAUCUGAGACUUCAUCAGAAGAAACUGUAAAGGAGGAAGUUAAAGAAGUCGUGGAGGAUGAGGAAUGGGAUUCUAUUCAGACCCUUCGGAAAAUUAGACCCAACAAGGAACUUACUGCAAGGAUGGGAAAGCCUGGUCAGAGUGAGAUUACUCUAAAAGAUGACUUGCCAGAAAGAGAGAGGACUGACCUAUACAAGACAUACUUGCUAUAUUGUAUAACUGGUGAAGUAACCAGAAUUCCUUUUGGUGCUGAGAUCACUACAAAAAAGGAUGAUUCUGAGUAUAUUUUCCUGAAUCAGCUUGGUGGAAUUUUGGGUUUGAGCACUAAGGAGAUAGUGGAAGUACAUAGAGGCCUGGCUGAACAAGCUUUCAGGCAACAAGCAGAGGUGAUUUUAGCUGAUGGGCAACUGACAAAGGCCAGAGUAGAGCAGCUUAAUGAACUGCAGAAGCAAGUAGGCUUGCCUUCGGAAUAUGCGCAAAAGAUAAUUAAGGGCAUAACAACUACAAAAAUGGCUGCUGCUAUCGAGACAGCUAUUGGUCAGGGGAGACUGAAUAUUAAGCAGAUAAGAGAACUUAAGGAGGCAAGUGUUGAUUUGGACAGCAUGAUAUCUUUGAGCUUGCGAGAGAGCCUGUUCAAAAAGACUGUUGAUGAUAUUUUCUCAUCAGGCACUGGAGAGUUUGAUGAGGAGGAAGUAUAUGAGAAAAUCCCUUCAGAUCUUAACAUUAAUGCUGAGAAGGCAAAAGGUGUCGUUCAUGAACUUGCUCGAAGCCGGUUAUCAAACUCAUUGAUCCAAGCUGUGGCACUACUAAGGCAGAGAAAUCGGCAGGGAGUGGUUUCCUCUCUUAACGACUUACUGGCUUGUGACAAAGCUGUACCUUCGACCCCACUUUCAUGGGAGGUACCAGAAGAGCUGGCUGAUCUAUACACCAUAUACCUGAAAAGUGACCCACCACCCGAAAAGCUGUCCCGCUUGCAGUAUCUGUUGGGCAUAAAUGAUUCGACGGCGGCUGCACUAAGAGAGAUGGGAGAUAAAGUACUCACUGGCAGUGCAGAGGAGGAAAAGUUUGUAUUUUGACUGUUUCAGUGAAGUUGUAAAAGGUAAAUUGGGGUGUAUUUUGACUGUUUCAGUGAAGUUGUAAAAGGUAAACUGGGGCAUUAACCCUGCCUGUUGAGCCCAUUUUUGUCCAGCAGAUUUUUCCUUUUGAGAGUGUAGAAUGUUAAAAAAGUCGCAAUAUGAUUAUUAGAGACAAAAUAUUCAAUGCAAUCAUAUAGUAUAAUGAAACUCUGGAAUGUAAUAAAUGUAUGAUUUUGUUAAUGUAAUACUUGUGUUUUUUUGUUUU